GCAUACACCCGGUCCGGCUCCCGAGGGCGCCAGCGCGGCCCCUGGGAGCGCGAGGAGCCGGCGAGCACGCGGCCUGCCGUUGGCGGCCUGGUCCGCCACGCUCGGCGCCCACCCGCCCCCGAGGUGGGGUCCAAGCCCCCGGGAAGAUGGUGUCCUGGAUGAUCUCCAGAGCCGUGGUGUUGGUGUUUGGAAUGCUUUAUCCUGCAUAUUAUUCAUACAAAGCUGUGAAGACAAAAAACGUGAAGGAAUAUGUCCGAUGGAUGAUGUACUGGAUUGUUUUUGCUCUCUAUACUGUGAUUGAAACAGUAACAGAUCAAACAGUCGCUUGGUUCCCCCUGUACUAUGAGCUUAAGAUUGCCUUUGUCGUGUGGCUGCUCUCUCCCUAUACCAAAGGAGCAAGUUUAAUAUAUAGAAAAUUCCUUCAUCCACUUCUUUCUUCCAAGGAAAGGGAGAUUGAUGACUAUAUUGUCCAAGCCAAGGAGCGGGGCUACGAGACCGUGGUCAGCUUCGGCCGGCAAGGGCUGGCUUUCGCAGCCACUGCUGCAGUCACUGCAGCAGUGAAGAGCCAAGGAGCAAUAACCGAACGUUUACGAAGUUUUAGUAUGCAUGAUCUAACAGCUAUCCAAGGCGAUGAGCCUGUGGGACAAAGACCAUUCCAACCUCUACAAGAAACAAAAAAGAAAAGUAAAUCAGUCUCCGGUGAAUCAGCAGGUUAUGGAAUUCCACUGAAAGACGGAGAUGAGAAAACUGAUGAAGAAGCGGAGGGGCCGUAUUCAGAUGAUGAGAUGUUAACACACAAAGGGCUUCGAAGAUCGCAAAGCAUGAAAUCUGUGAAAACCGUGAAAGGCCGCAGAGAGGUUAGUCAGGUACGAUACGGAUCACUAAAAUACAAAGUGAAGAAGAGACCACAGGUGUAUUUUUAGUCAUCUGCACUUCAAGAAUCCCAAGACAAAUUACACUAAUAUGUUGCCUUUUUUCUAACAUUAUUCAUUCAGGAUUUACACAUUAAAAUAAUACUUUAAAUUGUGGCGGUGAUCAGGCUUAUUUUCAUCAAUUUAAAUAGCUUUUAUUUCUUUCACCAUUACUUCCAUGUCCUGACUACUAAAGGUAGUUAUACAAAGCUUAUUUAUGUAUAUGUAUAUAUAUCUCAGAAAUAAUAGAAAAUUGUGUUAUCUGUUUUCAAAUUGCUCAACAACAUUGAGUGCCUGGGAUAUUAAGAUGAAACACAAACCCACAGUAUACUUGAAAAGAGUCUUUACAGUUUAAGAUACAUCAGCCUUUGCGCUAUUGUAUUUGUGUUUACCUCCGUUUAUAUUCUGUCUAUCACAUGAGGAUAGUAAUUAAAUAGGCCUCUGAUCCAGCAGUGAUAGGACAGGGGCAUAAUGUAAGAUACAGCAUGUUUUAUAUAUUCUUUAAAUUUUUACUUUUUUAAUACUUUCUGGUUUUUCCACCAUCAACUGAAAGUUUUCGAAACAAGUAUUUCAAAGCCAGGUCUCCACGUAGCACUUUUUAUUCCUGACUAGUUUUGCACACUUGAAAAUUGUUUACUUAUUUGCGACUGUACAUUUAAGUUUUAUUAACACUAUCUUUAUUGUUAAUUUGUCACAUCCCGACAUGUCACAUUUAUGCCUUGAAUUUCGUCAUCUCUUUUCCUGUGGGUUUCAUUUGUUAAAUUCAUUAGAUUCUAAUAAUAUGAAAAUACAGCUCAUUGUUCAACUUUAACUAUUUUUAACUCUCUCCACUGUGGAUGAGAAGCUGUUUUGAACAUCAACCAGUUUUCCAUACAUCAUAGUUGAACUUAGCAUGUUCUGUUAACACUGGUUACGUUUUCAGCAUUUAAAAAGAGCAGUUUUUGUGAAACAGGGUCAUGAAGUUACCCAACAGUUGGUCCAUUCACAAGCCUAGCACUGAUAUGUGCUGCUGAUUUAUAA